UUUGAUUCAAUUCAAUUUUUUUUACUCGAAGAAACUUCUCUGGGUACGAGUCGAAAUUUUAUUUCUACUUUCAACCUCAGUUAUCUCUACCUUGAAUCUUUUACGCCUAUUUGCAUACUUUAAACACUCAAAUAAGUCUCCGAUUUUGUGAACCUAUUAAUUACAAUAGGAUCUCUGUGGAGAAUUUUAAGAGGCUCUAAGAAAUAAACCUUUUUUUAACUUUAAAGUGGGAAAUUUUCCGAUAACUAUCAUUUUGAGGCUUAAGCUAUGAGCUCAAAAGGUCUAGCUGAGAUCGAAAGUGGAAGUAAAAUUUUAACUCGGGGUUAUACCGAGAAAUGAGAUCUUGCGUAUUUGAAAUGUGGGCCAAUAAAAUUGUACAAUAAGCCACGUCGGACUGAUGAAAUAAACAUAAGGUUAUCAGGCCUCAGUUACUGCGGUUCUCAGCACUGAAUGAUAAUGUGUUAUUUUUUUGCAAUAAAACUCUUUACGAUUUUUCCGGGGAGGGGGAGAGGGGAUUUUAUAGAUGCUUGUAAGCAUUGACAUUACGUAUUCCAGCUUCACGAGUGCGUUUCAAGUUCGACGAAUGUGCGGCGCGCAGUUUGAAUAAAUUGGAGAUUGUAAAAAUUAAAAAUUAUUAUUCAGCACUAAGAAACCGCUGUGGCUGACAUAGGUCUGUUAACCUUACGUCAAAUUGUACAACUUUUACCGGAGAAUGCAAAUUAAAUAGGUGGUAAUUAUUUACAUCAACAGUCGCGGCGAUAUUGAGAAGCAGUUUCUUCCAAUUCUAAAGUCUGAUCUACAAUCUGCUCUUUGCGUUUUGUCUUGCCCCUUUUGCUUUUUGUCUCGUGCUUUCUGCUUUUUGUUUCCUUGUUUUUUGUAUUUUUGUCACACGAAGCCGAGAAACAUCGUCAUGCGCAAAAGGCAAGGAUUUUUCUGCACAAAAUUGGCAAACAAUUCGCCAAAAGCUUUGUUUACUUGUAUCUCAGCUUCAUUUUCUUUAUCAAACAUAUUCUUUAUCAGACUAUGUUUGAUUCGCCACGAUACCGUGGUCGUAUUUAAUCUAACCAACACAUGUUUUUUUUUGUCUUUGUUGUCCGAGAUAAAAUUUGACGAACUUCAGAAAAGACAAGAAGCACGUGACAAAAAACACGAUUGUCGGUAAAACAGUGCGCGAAGAGACAAGAAAGCAAGAGGCAAAAAGCAAGAAAUAGGAAGCAAAAAGCUUGUAGAUCAGGCUUAAAAGUACAGAAUACGCACGUAGGGAACACGAAACCCUAGGACAAGACGAAAUCAUCUCAGAUUCGCGUGAUAAACAUGUAACCGAGGGACUCGUGCUCUAUGGGCGCAUUUCUCGCGAUUUCCACGAAUUUCUCUCGUGUCCUAAUGCAAAUACGUAUGUAAUAAGGAGGGACGACGGUCUCUCUUCGCGGGCGCUAAUAAUACGUCCAGCCGAUAUAACUGGCAUGCGGGCGAAGUGUUCCGGCGUGCGGCGGGUCUCCGCGCGCGGAGAUCCGCCCACGUAUCGUCAUUUGGUUCUGGCUUAAAUCCCCGAGAAAUGAUUUCAGUAUCCCGUCGGUUCUCUGCCUAAUCGCAUGCACGCAUGCAAGAGUGAGCACUCUCCUUCUCCGCGAGCGAUUAUCGGAUAUCGAGCUGUUUGCAGGAGAGAAUUAUUUUCCGCGCUAAUAAACGAACGUUUCUUCAACCGCGCAUGGAAUUGUCUCGGGAUUAUCGGUCGACGACAUCGGCGAGCUUCUCUCGCGACGAUUAUAGCAAACCUAUUUAGAAGCGAGAGGAAUUAUUUAUUUCUGAGAGGCUGCCGAUCUCUUUCGUCGUGAGCAUCGUGAGCAUCGUGACUUUACCGAGUAUUGAAAACCUCGCGCGACGAAGACGAAGUAUUCGGAGUACAGCGAGAAAUCCGGGUGAUCGAUCUCUGUAGUUAUCGUCCUUUCUCGAGUGCGCCAUUACGGAGAAUCCUGAGGGGAACGCCCCUGCAGCAUCCAACGCAGGGGUACCGGCCAUAUACCUGAACGACGGCUACGUCGACAGUCUGAGCGAAUGUUACUUUGCGGGCAAGGGCGCAGCCCUGGUUUUACCGCCGAACGAAAGGGCUCGCCCCUCGAGGCGAGUCUCGGCGGCAGGAUGCGAUAUCCAGCAGCACUUACAGUCUAUGUUCUACCUGUUGAGGCCCGAGGAGACUCUGAAGAUGGCCGUGAAACUGGAGUCGGUGCAUCCAGGAAGGACGCGAUAUCUCGUCGUCGUUUCCUGCACGGGAAGACAGGACGCCGAGGAGAGUUGUCUCCUCGGUAUCGAUUGUCACGCCAGGGCGACCGUCGGUCUCGUGCUCCGAGUUUUGGCCGACACCGCUAUCACUCUCGACGGCGAUGGGGGUUUCAAGGUCAGCGUUUGUGGCCGUCAGCACAUCUUCAAGCCAGUGUCCGUUCAGGCCAUGUGGUCGGCCUUGCAGACGUUGCAUAAGGUGUCCGGUAAAGCACGCGAGCAAAACUAUUUUCUAGGUGGACUGUCGCACGACUGGGUCAGCUACUAUGAGCAACGGAUCGAGAGCGAUCGGUCGUGCCUCAACGAAUGGCAUGCCAUGGACAAUCUGGAGUCCAAGAGACCGCCGUCGCCGGACAGCGUACGCACCAAGCCCAGGGAGAGAGAAGAGACCGAGCGCGUGAUUCGAUCGACGCUGAAGGAGAUCAUGAUGUCAGUGGAUCUUGAUGAAGUUACUUCCAAAUAUAUCAGAGGUCGACUUGAAGAAGAUCUUGACAUGGACCUCGGGGAAUUCAAACCGUUUAUUGAUCAAGAAAUGCUCACCAUAUUGGGCCAAAUGGAUGCACCAACCGAGAUAUUUGAUCACGUUUAUCUUGGGAGCGAGUGGAACGCUAGCAAUCUAGAGGAACUCCAGAAAAAUGGUGUAAGGCACAUUUUGAAUGUUACUCGGGAAAUUGACAACUUCUUUCCGGGUAUGUUCACGUAUCUAAAUGUACGUGUGUACGACGAUGAGAAGACGGACUUGUUGAAGCAUUGGGAUAACACAUUCAAGUAUAUCACUAAGGCCAAAACGGAGGGCUCUAAGGUGUUGGUGCAUUGCAAGAUGGGAGUGUCUCGUUCUGCUUCCGUAGUGAUAGCUUACGCGAUGAAGGCUUACAACUGGGAUUUCUCCCAGGCGUGGAAACACGUCAAGGACAAGCGCAAUUGCAUCAAGCCUAACAACAGCUUCCUCCUGCAGCUGGAAACGUACCAGGGUAUUCUGGACGCAAUGAAGAACAAGGAGAAGCUCCAGAGAUCCAAGUCCGACACGAAUCUGAAAUCUCCCACGUCCGCGAAGGAUCAAUCAAAAAAGGAAGAGAAAUCGGAUAACGUAGAGAAUAAUAUGCGGGAGGUUUCAGGCUCGGAGUUGAAGAAAACUAGCCAGAGACCAAAAAGUUGGUCGCCGAAUGUCAAAGUUGCAGAGAAUAUGUUACCUUCCGUUCCUUUGUCGCAAUCGUUGGAAAGUAUCGAUAAAGCAGGAAAUACGGAAGUCACACGGGAGGAUCUUCUUCGUGGCUCGAAUCAAAAACCGGCAAUAGAACAGGAGGCUCGUAAUGUUCUAAUGCCCUGCGACAACGGACAAUCUUAUAGUGUGUCGCAGAACAAAAUAAUGCACCUGCCUGCCCCAACCCCUGGCACACCUAGCGUAAAGAAUAGAAUUAGUAAGUUAGAAACUCAGGGACAGAAGAGGAAGGGCCUGGUACUCAAUUUAACCAAUCAGUUUGAAGCGGCUAGCAGUAAACCGUCAUCGCCGGGAUCCGAUACGGACGUGAAAUCUCUGCCCCAGAAUUCGGUUGCGGAAGAUAACGCAAAGCCAGUCGAGAACGGUCACUCGCACUGCGAGCAGUCGCAGGAAGCGCGAGAUACCGCGACUUCCGUCUCGAGCGGUCCACCCGGGAAGGAAAUUUGGGAUCCCGGUGAUGAACAGAGGGAGAGGCGAAAAGAGACGAACGAGGAGUCCACCGAGAUCAACGAUAAUAGUGAAUGUCUAGUCUGGACUGCGUCCGCGGGUGCAACGUGUGCUGAUUCGUGUGAUGACAAUAAAUCUAACAGAGGCGUGAGUGUGGAGAGUGAGUGUAUCGCGAGUGUGACGACGGGUACGACGAUUACGACGACGACAACGACAACGACGACGACGACAACGGUGGUGUCGUCAUCGACGUGUCAUGAUGUUCUGGGAAAGAAAGCGAAGAAGGACGGCGAUCCGUUCAGCACUCAGCUGGAUCGAGUGUUCGAUCGUGAGGAAAGGCGGGGCGAACCCGUCACUAGGGAAUCUCCGAGUCGUCAAAGUUCCUGGAGUAGUUACGACAGUGCGGUGGUUCUCGACAACAAUUCGAUGCACAGUUCGUGGGCCACCUUACCGUCGAGAAACAGUUCCUGGGGCUCUUACGACAUGCGGCCGUCCGAAUUGCUCGGUUCCAGCGGUCUGUUCCCGUACGACAAGGAGGAGAUUCCGUGGCAUCCGGGCACGGUGAAGCGCACUAAACAGAAACUAGAGGAAGGCACGACCGCGGGCGAGGUGAAGCGCGUGUGUACGCAGAGCUCGACGACCGCGGAUGACAAGAGCGACAGGCUAGCAGGCACUGAGGUAGAUGCGGUUGCGGUCGAGACAUAUAAUCCGAUGUUGUUGCAUCACAUGCCAUCGCCAACGCCGCGAAGAAGGGAUUCGUCGCCCACUCAGGAACAUAAUCUUAAAGUAGAAACAAAUAGAGACUCGCCAAGUCCGGUAGGCAUCGAUAUCUCCCUUACAUCCAUGCGUCAAAUCGGAAGAUUAUCCACGAGCGCUCCCGCGCCGUCCUCCCUGUCCUCCGAGUCUGAUCUGCCACUGUCCCUGAGAUCCUGCAGAUCGGAAAGCGAGACGUCCAGUCCGUGUGUCGUCAAUACUACCCAGUGCCCCUCUGUAAAACAUCACAAGAUGGUUUUGGAAAAUCUCUGUAAUAAGUCUGUGUUUAGCAAGCGCUGUCUCUCCGCGGACGACUCGCCGGAAGCGGAAUGUCCGCGUAGCACAUCUGGCAUAGUCAAAAAUCUGAAGAAGGAAUUUGAGGCGAAAUCGACAAAAUUGGAGAGGAGUCCCGAGAAUGCAUGUGAGGGCGAAAACGCGUCUCUGACUACGCGUUCCAAGAGGGACGUAAAGAUCAGAAGUUUACCCUCGUCGCCAGUGAUCCCGCACAACGAGUCCAAGAUCCAAUCGUCGUCCAGCGUUGGCGAAACCAAAGACAACAAACAUGGCAGGAGGAGCGAGGUAACGCCCCCGUCAUCGCAGGAUAACGUGGAGGAUCUAUCCGUUAGAGUGCUGGUUGGAAAAUAUGAGGUCGCCAGGCCGGAGUCCAGGAAGAGCUCGGACGUGCAAUUGCGCGCGCACAAAGACAAGGAUUGGGACGCUAUGGAGGUGCAUCCGCCGGCGAAAUCGAAGAUUGCACCCGAGUUCUCGAGAAGAUCGGCGCCGAUUAUGAUCAAUAAUCACUCCACGCCUUUGUUCAACGAAACGCCGGAAGCUCCCGGCAGACCGCCGGCGGUACCCUCUCCCAGCGUGGUCAUGGCCAGCGUAGUAGCGAAGGCAGCUAGCAAGAAGCAACAGCAGCACGGCAGAACCCAUCCACUUGCUAGGCUACAGGUCAGGCCUAGGCACAGCAGUCCCGUUUACAACACCAUGUAACGUGGAGGCGACGCUCUUUUGUUUUCGCUCGCGAAUUCUUAAGCGUAACGCGAGCGCAGCGCAUCUAAUUCGGAGAGUACUCACGCGAACACGUGGGUACGUCGCCGUGACGAUGAAAUCGUGUGAUCUCUUUAUGUUGGCGAUGAAGAUAAGAUUGGGUUUUUGGAACCAAGAUGGUCGCGCCUGUUGUUUUAAAAGUAGAUCUUUUUCUUCGUCGUUUUCUUUUCUUUAUCAUUAUCGCUGCAAUCGCUCGUACAACUGUCGUCCUGAGAAGACGAUCUUGUCAUUUUGACGCGUAUCUUAUUAUUUAUAAGACGAUAAUCUCGCGUAAGCGUUCGGAUCUUUUUACUGCGAAACAACGACAGGCGCUUUAUGUUCCUUCUCGUCAACGUGUAUCUUGGCUUGACGUUAGUUCAAUUAUUUUAAGCUGGAAAUGCAACAAUCACGAGGCUGCGCGUCGAGAAGGGGGUCAACGUAAAUUCAGGAAAGGAUAAUUGCGUCGUUAUCUUAUGUCACUUCGUUGUAAGUUAGUGGGCUCGGAAUCAAACGUGCGUCAAGCAUGAAAAGCGAUGUGAUGUAUCGCGUGAGUGACUUAAUGCGAAGGGCGGCGCGAAACUUUCGUACCGCAAGAGAAAGAAGAAAAAAAUAGAGGAACCGAGUGCUCAGUCAGGCUGUGAAUGUAAGGUCUGAGCCUCGGACACACGCUGACCUUUCUUCUGCUUCGCUUUCUUGAUCUUUUUUUUUCGUCGGAUACGACGUUACCGCGUGAGACGAUAAAUCUCCGAUCUUCGAAACGACUUUGUCGAUUUUGUCGUAACGUGUAACGGAAAAAGUUAUUAUGUGACGAGACCUCGAGAUAAUGUAAUAUUAAGCCACACUAUUAGUAAUUUAUAGGUGAUAAUGUGAUGUAGAGUGAUGUACAGUGUGCGAGAACACGAUGUAGCGAAGUGUGUUUUCUGUUGAGCGACUGUUUUUCGGAAGCGUGAGUGCAUACGGAAGGGGGUACCGAAAUUCACGAGCUUCUAAUCGUUUCCGAAACCCCGAAAGUGAUUCUUCCCGAUUUUUUUCAUCAACGGCCAUAUUUUGCAUGGAGCGUGAAAGUCAAUGCAAAAUUAGUCAGUCGAAGAUAGUGACGUUGUGACAAGUGAAUUAGAUUUCUCUUAAAUUAUAAGAUAAUAAUUUAGUAUUGUAUGUAUAAUGUCUCUUACCCAAAAAUGUGUGAUAGAUGCCGUAACAACAAUUUCGAUUUUAAUGAAUCGGAUUUUAUUAGAUUUUAUCGAGCUUGAGACCUGCCGCCUCACGUUUAGGAUAUACAAUUAUACGGAUUGUAUCUCUACUACUUUGUGAUCCAGGAGACCCUCUCUUAGGCUGAAACGACCGUUCUCGCGAAUUAGGUACCUCUUUUACUCAUUAAUUGUUAUUAACUUGCUCUUUGUACUCCUACUACUAUAGAUUGUCUUUAUCUCGAUUAAUUCAGAUCGGUUGAUCGUGUAACGCUUUUCAACGGCUGACGAUGCAGCGAUGAUAGUGCAUCAUAAAGUCCUGCUAUUGACUCUCGCAUAGGUUGAGAAGACAUGAUGAUGAGAUAACGAGGAAAGAUAUGUUGAUCCUCGUGGGUGCAUGCGCGUACUUGUACUUCUCCAUCGAUCGACCUGAAGCACAUUGUGUCUAAGUGUCAAUAUUUUUUUAAACACAUAUCACCGACUCAUCAUUAAUUUUGUAAAUCGCGCGCGUUCCCACCGCGUCGCGGGAUUUAGUUAGACGAAAAACGAAUGACACCCGAUUUACCGCGCAAAUUGACGACCAAUUUUAUACUCUGAUGUACUCUGACGAAUGCGACCGUUGCUAAGAGGCGCUUCGCGAGCGCGUCGCGAUUAUCGUGUAUAAAUAUAUUUUAUUACAAACACGUUUCUCAACCAAAUUAGGCUCGUUGAUCGUUUAGAUUGUAGAUGCGGGCUGGAAAAAUGUCCUGGAACAUAGUAGUUUCCCGAAUAGUCUGUUGGAUCGCACCUAGAGAUUAACUAUUAUCUACUUAUACGGUUAAGUACAAUUGGAUGCGAUUUAGGAGGAGAAUCUGUUUUUUUUUCCUCUGCGAUGUUUCGCAGCCGGAGGUGACUCGUCCCCUCUUUUAUGUGCGAGAGUUGCGAGGAGUGACGUUUCAAAGUCUCGAAUGUUUCCCAGCGUAAGUUUGGAGUAUAUUUGAAUGCAUAAGAUAUCCAGUGAUUCCCGUGUGGAAUCCGAUGUGGAUCGGAUAUCCGAUCACCUAAUCGCCGCGAAAGUAUUACGAAACAGGACGUGUCGUCUACGGCGCGAGUACUGAGGAAAAAAUAAUUAAAAAAAAAAAUUGCGAUGCGCUUUCUGCUCUCUCACCGUGUUUGUGCGCGAGCAAUCUUUUUCUACACCGUGUCGCUUGUCAACCGAUGAAUUUGCUCGUGUCAAGUAAGUUUAUAUUGUCACAAAUCGAUGUGCUCAGUUUUAGUGAUUGUCCCUUGAUCCCUCAUACCCCGUUCCUUCAAUCGCUCCAAUCCGCCCCUUCGUCUCUUAAGUCUUGCUUAAGUGUGUGCGUUCGCUCGAUACGAGAACUUGCUGUCAUAUGAGAAAUGAUGAUAAAGCCGUACGUUGUUCUGUAUAAAUUUUGUACUAUAGUUUGUAUUAAAUAAAAUACAUUGUUUAUUGCUUGA